AUGGAACCACGAGUGCGAGCUAGUGGUGAACAAUUUUCAACCCGUUUGAAAAGUUCAUGGAAAGAAUCUGUGGCAAUAAGCCACCCGCGCCUGCUACUCAUACGCCAUCUACUAGCUGGCAACCACCGCACACAAACACCAUCACACAGUCAUCAACAUUAUACGAUCAAUCUGCGAGGAGUUCAAGGGUGUAACCUGCACCUUCUACCCUCCGUCAACCAGCAGGCGACGGUUACCAUCAACCCCGAGAUCUGGGGUAACGGCUUCCCCUGCACGAAGGACACUAAGGACACCCCAGAGGCGUACACUCUCAUCAUUCGAUAG